UCAGUCCACACACAGGUCAGCAUUGGUCUUGCCAGUGUAAUGCCGCGGAUACUUGCUGCCCUGCUCGGCCUGGGGCUAUGUCUGAGCCAGAGGAUCAACACAGAGAAACAGAGUCUCCAGAAACCUAUCAUCUGGGCCGAACCCAGUAACAGGGUCACAAAUGGAAAUGCUGUGACCAUCUGGUGCAAGGGACAUCACACUGCUACCCAUUAUCAACUGUACUUUGAAGGAAGCUUUUCAGCCUUGGAGAGACCUAAACCAAGUAGAGCAACGAAUAAAGUCAACUUCACCAUUCCACAAAUGACCUCACAUACCGCAGGGAAAUAAACCUGCUGCUAUCAGAGUGGGGAGCGUCAAUCAAAGAGCAGCAAGGGCCUGAAUCUAAUAGUUACUGGUCUGUAUGACACGCCCAACCUCUGGGUUCAUCCAGGACCUGAAGUAACCUUGGGAGAGAAUGUGACCUUCUUCUGUCGUCUGGAGACUGGGACAAGCAAAUUCUUUCUGCUCAAGGAGGGAAGAUCCAACCAUAUCCAGCACAGACUUGGGAACAACAAAGCAGAGUUCCCCAUGGGCCCUAUGACCAGAGCCCACAGAGGGACAUACAGAUGUUUUGGCUCUUACAAUGACCAUGUGUGGUCUUUCCCCAGUAAACCUGUGACACUACUCAUCCCAGGAGCUGUUGAUAACACCAGCCUUGCACCCACAGACCCUACUUCUCUUGAUUAUUGGGAGUACAACCUUUCAGCCGAAGAAGAAUCAGGAUUACAGAAGGCCCAAAAUCUCAUUCGGAUUGGUCUGGCAUGCAUAGUCCUGAUGACUCUAGUAUGGCUUUUGGUUGAAGACUGGCUCAGCAGGAAGAGGGAUAAAGAGGGGACCAACAGAUCACCAAGUCGGGAAUACAAGAGAAGAUGGAGAGUCCAACAUUCCCUUGAAGAGGAACAAAGGAAUGCAAUUUCUUUGCGGGAACUGAAGGCAACUCCUGGACCUGGAGCCCUAUGAGCUCUAUGCUGCCCCCUGGAGGAAGGAAGGCAUCAUUGCAGGAAUGAAGAGGUAGUGUCACCCAGUCUGGCAAAACAUCUUAAAGGGGCAUGGUGAGAUGAAAUGUCUAAGAUUCUACUAUAGGCAAAUUCUCUGUCUCUAUUAAACUUUUAAACACUCUUGUCUUUCCUAGAAAAAAACUACCUUCCAAAAAAAAACAUUUUGGCCAUGGGAAUAUUUCUUUAGCAUUUUUUCUAAUUUUAUUUAUUUAUUUUAUAUGUACGAAUAUAUUUGUGCAUGUAUGUUUGUGCACCAUGUAUGUAGCUAGUGUCAGAUCCCUAGGGACUGGAGUUACAGAUGUCUGUGAGCUGCCCUGUGGGUGCCGGGAAUGAAACACAAGUCCUCUGGAAGAGCAACAAGUGUCCUGAACAACCAAGCUGUUGCAGUAUAUUUGUUUACACUGUGUAAAGAUGUUUCACUGCAUUGGUUUUAAAAAGAGCUCAAUAGCUAGGCAGGAGAGAGUAGGCAGGACUUCUGGACAAAGAGAAAAGUUUGAGAUGAAUCUCUGUGCAUAAGAAACACCAGGAAGACAGGGAACAAAUCAGACAUACAGAAAGGAAGAGAGGUAAAAGCCACUUGGCAAAGUAUAGAUUAGUAAAAGCAGGAUAAUUUAAGUUAUAAGAGCUAAUUGGAAAAAUGCCUAAGGUAAGGCGAAGCUUUCAUAAUUAAUAAUAAGUCUCCAUGCUGUUAUUUGUUAACUAGCAGUCCAAAGAAGGACUGGCUAUACUGAGCCUUAUCUCCAGAUCCAUCCUCAAUUCAACUUUUGUAUUCUGUGUCCAUGUGUGAGGUACAUGUGUGCACACAUGUCAUGUCAUUCAUAUGAGGUCAGAGGACACCUUUGUGCAGUUUUCUCCUUCCAAUUAUUUUAAAACAUUAUUUCUUUUGUUUUCUGAUAUAAUACAAUUAUAUCUCCCCCUUCCUCCCUUCAAACCCUCACAUCCCUCCUUGCUCUCUUUCAAAUUCAUAGCCUCUUUUUUUCAUUCAUUGUUGCCACACAUAUAUGUGUAUACAUAUAUGUUCCUUAAAUACAUAAGAUUUUUGUGGGUUCCAACAAUUGAAUACAGAUUGUUAGACAUAUACGGCAAGUGUUUUUAACCUACUGAGCCUUCGCCUUGCUAAUCUAUCAUUAUUUCUUUCUUCUUUCCUUUGUCUGCAAGAAAUCCAUUCAAAAUAAGUACUGAACAACAAUACCAAUAAGUAGACAUAUACUGUCCUAGCUAGAAUUAUGUCAACUUGAUACAAGUUAGAGUCAUUCUGAAAGAGGGAACCUCAGUUGAGAAAAUGUUCCCACAAUAUUGGCUUGUAGAAAAGCCUACAGUGCAUUUUCUUAGAUGAUGAGAGAUGUAGAGGGCCCAGCCCACUGUGGGCAGUGUCAUUCCUAGACUGGCAGUCCUGGGUUCUGUAAAAAAGCAGGCUGAAAAAAUGAGAAAAAAAGCCAAUAAGUACCAUCCCUCCCUGGCUUCUGCAUCAGCUCCUGCCUUCCGGUUUCUGUAUUGAUUUAUCUCAGCGAUGAUCUGUGGUAUGGAAUUGAAAAAUGAAAUAAACCCU